AAAAAAGGAAAAAGGAAAUUAAAAAGGAAGGGCGGAGGACCGACGAGGAGGAGGGCGGAAAAGGAAGAGGGGAGGAGAUGCGUUGGUAUUUCGUUGCGGCUCUCCUCACUCUCCUCACCAGUUCCCAGGGAAUUUUGACAACACUGUCACAAAGUCAUGGAAAAUACAAAUAUGACUAUGCUACAGUUCCAUUUCUUGCAGAAGUUUUCAAGCUUGUGGUAUCUAGCUUCUUCCUUUGGAAGGAGUGCCAAGCAUCAUCUUCUGCUCCUAGGAUGACUACAGAUUGGAAGAGUGUCCGUUUAUUUCCCAUUCCUUCUAUCAUUUAUCUUGUUCACAACAAUGUCCAGUUUGCUACCUUGACUUAUGUGGAUCCAUCAACAUAUCAGAUAAUGGGUAAUUUGAAAAUUGUCACAACUGGUAUCUUAUUCAGGUUCUUUCUGAGGAGGAAGUUGUCAACCCUACAGUGGAUGGCGAUAGUUCUAUUAACUGUUGGGACAACUACAAGCCAGGUGAAAGGUUGUGGAGAGGCAUCUUGUGACUCACUAUUUUCAGCACCUAUACAAGGUUACAUGUUUGGACUCUUGUCUGCCUGUCUUUCUGCACUAGCUGGUGUUUAUACAGAAUACUUGAUGAAGAAGAACAACGACACCCUGUACUGGCAGAAUGUGCAACUAUAUACGUUUGGUGCAAUCUUUAACAUGGCACGGCUUAUGAUGGAUGAUUUUAGAGUUGGAUUUGAGAAUGGACCAUGGUGGCAACGUCUUCUUAAUGGAUACACUGUUACAACAUGGCUGGUUGUAUUAAACCUAGGAUCUUCUGGGUUGUUAGUUUCAUGGCUGAUGAAAUAUGCAGACAAUAUUGUGAAGGUGUAUUCAACUUCGAUGGCAAUGUUACUAACGAUGGUCGUAUCUAUAUUUCUUUUCAGUUUCAAGCCUACUGUGCAGCUUUUCUUGGGCAUUAUAAUCUGCAUGAUUUCGCUGCACAUGUACUUUGCUCCUGCUCACAAGCUCGUAGAUUUACCAGCGACAACAAAGGCGGCGUCAGACACACUCAAGGAAAUAGCUGUCGAGCCAACGGGGGAGUCAUGAUUCUGUUGCUAUGUAAGCUCAACGGAACAGGAUCUGUUAACCAAAUACUAUUCAUAUCGUAGAUGGAAUUGUUUAGAGAUGAAAGAAACAGAAGAUGUGAAUUGAAUGCGUGGUGCUUGCAAUUCCAGAUUUUAUGAAGAAGACGAGUCUAUCGGACAAGCAAAGUCCGAAUAGAUUUGCUAGUGCUCUGCAACAUAAUGCACUAGCAAAGUCUCCAGAAACAUAGAGCAUAGCCAAUGAAUAGAUUUGUGCCAUGUGGUGUCACAGUUAAUGUAGAGAGAGAGAGAGAGAGAGACUAGUCCUCAAUCAGUUUGUCUCAUUGAUUUUGCAUUAAGUAUCUCAAGUGUUUAUCACCAUAGAGUAAACCAUUUUCUUCUUUUUUAAGUCGAGCAAUUUUGGACCCAUGUCACCAAGUAUAUUCAAAUGAAUUAAAAAUAUGGCGACAAUGAUGAUAUGUUCGAGACAA